GAGGUUGCCACUUGCCCCGUCGGUGUGGACUUUUAGCAGUAGAAUUGGUACCAUGGUGGACCCCGAUUUGGUUGCAUUCCUCCAGGUGGCCUCAAGAAGGAAGAACCUGCAUGGGAAAUGGGUUCCAGCACUGUACUGGGCUUUCCUCAUUGCCAAGGAACAAAAGAAAACAGAGCCAAUGGCACCAUCAGACUUCAAGACAAUGAUAAACAAGAGCGGUCUGCUAGAGAGAAAACUUACCCCCAAUGACGGUGCCGCCGCCGACAUAGUUCAGAUCCACACCAACGGCACAAGGACAAAGUCACGGCGGGUAUCUCUUGGUGACACACUCAAUGGAACCAAAUCCAGGUUCUUCGUUGCAGUGGAGACCAAAGAGAAAGUACCCAUGAACAUAGAUGAAUUAAAAAAAGCCCAGAAGAAGAAGAAGAACUUCCAGAAUGGUACGAGCAUUACUCGAACUAUGUACCUGUCAAGUGCCAACAAGAAGAGGAGAGUGGGGAAGUGCAACAACAGGCCACAACAAACAGCCAAUGCACUUCACCGUAAAACCACAACUGUUGCAGAGACAGCAGCUCAACAACAACAACAGCCUCGACUGCUGACUCCAACCAACUCUGAUACGGAUGGAGACGAGCAACCGAGAACAGCACCGAGCGUGGAGACGGAAGAACCGGAACCGGAAUCCAUCUUGAGAGAUCCAUUAAACAGCGACCUCCUUGCCAUCUUUGACGGCCUUGUCAACACAGAGUUCCUCAAUAGCCCUGACUUCUUUGUUGAGAAGGAAGAUGACGAUGAUUUAC